AUGUUAUCUUCAAAUAAUCGUUAUAAAGAUAACCCUUCAACAAAUUAAUAGUAUGAUCUUCCUGAAAGUGGUAUUUCUUGUCACUAUUAUUUAAAUUAGAUGGUCAUGAAAAUUUGGUUACGUCAAUUUGUUACUCUCCUGAUGGUACUACAUUAGCAUCUGGUAGUGAUGAGAACUUUAUCCGUUUAUGGGAUGUUAAGACAGGAUAAUAAAAAGCCAAAUUAGAUGGUCAUUUUUGGGUAGUUUAUUCAAUUUGUUACUCUCCUGAUGGUACUACAUUAGCAUCUGGUAGUGCAGAUUGUUCUAUACGUUUAUGGGAUGUUAAGACAGGAUAAUAAAAUGCCAAAUUAGAUGGUCAUUCAUCAACAGUUUUAUCAAUUUGUUACUCUCCUGAUGGUAAUACAUUAGCAUCUGGUAGUGAUGAUAACUCUAUCCGUUUAUGGGAUGUUAAGACAGGAUAAUAAAAAGCCAAAUUAGAUGGUCAUUCUAAUACAGUUUCUUCAAUUUGUUACUCUCCUGAUGGUACUACAUUAGCAUCUGGUAGUGUAGAUAAGUCUAUCCGUUUAUGGGAUGUUAAGACAGGAUAAUAAAAAGCCAAAUUAGAUGGUCAUUC